AUGGAAAAGGACGCGAGUGACAAGCAGUGGAACAUGAGACCAGGAAUGAGCUUGAAUGUGGAGUUUAAGUCCGAGGACUACCAAAUGGAAGCAUGCUUUGUGACAAUGGUGAGAUUCACAAGCGACGCACCUCAAGGGAAAGCAACAGCGCUCAUCAACUGGCGCUCCGGUGGCAUGGAGAUUGAUCCCAACGAGGAUGUGCUACUUGUGCUCCUUUUUUCCGCAACCAUAAGCAUGUCCGUGUCUGAUAUGCUUGGCAAAGGAAUUCCUCCGUGGGCAAAACCAAGAGCUUUGGAAGAAGAAGAUCAAGUUCACUGGGGUGCCGUGAAGAUCGACCAUGAUGGUCUUGGUGGUGAAAUCUAUUCUUGGUACAAUGCUGGUAGAUGCGAACUCGCCACCCUGGAGAAACAGAUGAAGAAAAGCAAAAAAACCCCUGCACUUGUCCAGCCAAAGAUGGAUUGA